AUUGGUACACUCAUGAGCAGUGGGAACUGACGGUGAAUUUCGGAACGCAGCCUUUGAACGUUGAUUCUAAGACUUUUGGGAGACCUGGGGUUUGGGGGUUGGCAAUCAUUGGCAAUAACAAUAAUGGCGGUUGCCACUUCGCGUGUGGAAGAACUGGUUAAUUAUUUCAAAUCGCAUAACAAAAUUCGAGAACAGCAGAGCCAUUCGGCAAAGGUGCAUAGCGUAGGAUGGAGUUGUGACGGCAAAUAUCUGGCCUCAGGUUCUUUCGACAAAUCCGUUUGCAUAUUUUCGCUGUGCCCGGAUCGUUUGAAACAGGAAACGACUUUUAGAGGACAUGGCGGUAGCGUCGACCAGUUGUGCUGGCAUGCUUUCUGUCCAGAAUUACUGUCCACGGCGAGCGGAGAUAAAACAGUUCGCAUCUGGGAUACAAGAACACAAAAGUGCACGGCGAACAUUGGCACUAGAGGAGAGAACAUCAACAUAUCAUGGUCGCCGGAUGGUAACACGAUCGCCGUAGGGAAUAAAGAGGAUCUGGUCACGUUCAUCGACGCCCGGGUAAUGAAGAUACGCGCGGAAGAGCAAUUCAACUUCGAAGUGAAUGAAAUUUCGUGGAACAAGGACUCGGAUACAUUCUAUCUGACGAAUGGUCAGGGCUGCGUGCACAUACUCAGCUAUCCGGAGCUAGAGCUAUUGCACGUGAUCAAAGCGCAUCCUGGCACAUGUAUCUGCAUCGAGUUCGACCCGACCGGUCAGUACUUCGCCACUGGAUCCGCGGACGCGCUGGUCUCCUUGUGGGAUGCUGACGAAUUGUGUUGUUUGAGGACGUUCUCGCGACUGGAGUGGCCAGUCAGGACCAUCUCCUUCUCGUACGACGGGCAGCUUCUAGCGGCGGCUUCCGAGGACUUGGUCAUAGACAUUGGCGAAGUACAGACCGGCGAGAAGAUCGCCGACGUUCCAGUAGAGGCGGCAACGUUCACCGUCGCGUGGCAUCCGAAACAGUAUCUGUUGGCUUACGCAUGUGACGAUAAAGACUCUUACGACCGGAAACGUGACGCCGGUAGUUUAAAAGUAUUCGGUUUCGCAAAUGACUGAAUCGUCUUCGUUUUAAGUUCACCUUGUUGUCGUAAAAUAUUGUCUUAUUUUAUAAAUAUAAAUAAAAAUAGUAUUUUAUAAAUAAAGCGCGACAUAAAAUUAAA